ACCUGUAAUUUCUCUUACACUCCUAUAUUCCUUCCAAGUCAUCCAUAUUCUCCUUAAUCCCCCGACGUCACUCUUGAUUUCUUAAUGUAACUCUUAAUUCCAAACACGUAUCAGUUGCUUUUCCAAUAAUAAUCUCCAUUCCCAUGUAUAACGCCUCGAUUGUUCAUAAUCUUACAAUUCCUAUCUCCAAUACAUAAUAGGCAUAUUAGUUUUUCCACCCAAUAGUUUUCCCCUAUGUUAGGCCUUGAUCUUUGAUCUUAGUUCACCACAGUACAUUGAUCUAUCCAUAGACAUAUAUUUCAUAAUGCUAUCCAACUGCUCACGUUCCUCUGUUAAUACAACCUCAGUAACUAUCCAAUCGGUAUAUCCACAAAGAUCCAUUUCCACGAAUGUUCCAGUUGUUCCCCUACCUUGUAAAUACAAGCUCAGUAAUUAUUCUACUGAAGUAACCACGGGAUGCCAGCUCCACUUUGUAUUCACCAAUUUAUCCUGAGAAAUCCACUUCCACUGUAUAAAUCCACCUGCUCUAGCAUAUCCACUCACACCGUAUUUAGCACCUUGUCACGUAAUCUAUGAACAAAAGAUUUUUUUUGUAUUUUAUAUACAAUUAAUGCUAUCAACUGGAUUAAUUUAUAUAUCCUUGCACUUUACAUUUAAUUAUUGUUUUAGUUCGUCACUUGUAAACACACAGCGUGUCUUCCCUUGAACCUACUAGAUAUAGACUCAACAUUUGUGACAUUAUUUUGUUGCCCUAAUUGAUUACAAUUUUACGUCCCGAAACCCAUCGGCCCUAUCCCCACCACGUGUUAUCCAAGUGGGCUCACUCGGACUCCUGGCCUAAAAACUCCUUUAUACUCUUUUUUGCCGAAAUGGACAAAGUCCGAAAGGUAUUCUCCAUAUACAGUCGUCCUCAUAUUGGCAUACUGUUAUGGAUGAUUUAAAUCUGUCCCAUUCCGCGAUGAUAGUUUACAACAUCUGACAUAUCGUGAGAUAUGUCUUAGGCCGAGGAGGACCUUAUGUCCACUCUGAAAUAAAACAGGCUAUCUGCGAUAACGUCCAUGCUUAGUUAUGAAAAAAAACCAGACGAGCGCCUAUGCGUACAAGUGCGUAUUGUAUGUAUUAUGACUUUUGUGACGACACAAGAACGCGAUUACUACGUGCGCGUCUCAAAUCGCCUCGCAACCGCGUUGCAUAAAAGCAAACAGAAAACAACCGAGAUCUCUGUUCUUGUUUAGCGUUUGUUCGUUACACAAGGAUUUCUCUUGGUAGUGCGUUUUCGGAUGCGAUCUAAGAGAUUUUUCUGCGGUAUUCGUCUUGAGACAAUACUUAGUGACAAUGAUAACAGUGCUACGUAUAGCUGAGGAGCUGAUGACGGUGGAUUACCGCAAGUGGUUUUCCAGCGGAUGGUUGCCCCCAUCUGAUCGGUUGUUGAGCCUGGGGCCGGUACGUACCGAUCCACCACCCCUGCUUCCUCCAUUGUGCGAUGAACCGAGGAAGGAGUUAGCCCCGGACCAAUCUGGGCUAUCUAAUGUCCCUAACUUGGUCGAAAGGUUGCAACCAAUGCUAGAAGAUUUUCUUGAAAACUCGGCUGUUCCACUCAAAGAUCAAGGAGAUGCGACAACUGUUGCACCCGUUCCUGGUAGUGACAGUGGAAAUCUCUCUGAUGAGCAAGAAGCGAAACCUCCGUGGACUAGCCUGGCUGAAAGGCCAACAAAUGAUGCAAAAGGUGAGAGUAGGUCCACCCCCCACGAUCAGCCAGUGUUUCAAGGCCAGAAUGCAUCAGGCAAGCUCUCUCUGAUCAACCAUCUGGAGGAUGGUGUCCAGCCCAACCCUGCUACUGAGGUUGGUGAAAACUUCCAAAGAGGUAAUGAUACACAGUCCGAGAACCAGGAAGCCUGUGAUGCUGAUGACAAAGAGUUGAAGGAGGCAUCUCAGCAUCGUAUAGUUCACCUCCCAAAGAAAGCGGAGAGCAGUGAGCAGGAGUCAACUGUAAGAAAUGCAUUUGAAGUCAAGAUGCCACUGCCAUCGCACUUCAGUGAGAAAACAGGAGGGCAUGUGGCAGCCACUACUCCAAAGCCAGCAGAUAACCUUGAAUCCAAGCUGUCGAUUUCAUCUCCAAGAAGAACGCCAUCUUCUUCUGCGGACUCUUCUACGAGCUCGGCCUUAGAGGAGGGGAGGGAGGUAUCAGCGGAUCCAGGGGGUACACAGGGAGAUUUUCAAGGAAACACCGAAACAUUAAGAGAGACCGUGCCUUCUGUUUUACUGUCGUCAUCGAGCGAGAACAAUGAAGACUACCGCGUUGAUGACGAAGAUUUGAAGGAUGAGAAAAACUCCUCAUCGUCUACACAUCGUAGAAAUCAGCUCUCGAGCGGGGAGGAGAGUUCCAAGCAGGAGUCAACCUUAAGAGAGUUCAGGACACCAGCUGAAGCCAAGAUGGCAGCGCCAUCGCAACUCAGGUACUGUGUUCAAUGA